GCGGUCGAUGCUAUCCAUUUCUCGCAAAAAGGAGGCUGCGCCUUGGGAGGGGGCGAUCUGCAGGAGUGGGAGCGCGACGUGGCAAUGCAAUGCAGCGUGGUGGGAUCCGUCACACCACACGAGCGCUUUUCAUCACCUGAUUGGCCGAAGGAAGGGAAGGGUGGCAGUGAAUUGUGGGACACGCGCAGGCAACGGCUCGUUAUUUGUCCAGCUUGCAAGUGGAGCAGCAGCUACCGCGGAGCCAGAUGACAAUACUUAUUCCAACACCAUGCAAGACCGAUGGAGUCAGCUCUGCAAGCUGCAGUUGUUUUCAGCUUGAUGACCCGGCUCCUCAAUCACGUGCAAGACGAAAACCUUUUUGAUUAAUCUUGGAGUGACGGCUCAAAUUCUGUCCCCUAUCGAAUUUCUCUGCUGGUAGUGGUGCAUUACAGUGGAAUUAUGAGACACGCUUGACUCACUUUAGAGCAGACUUAGCUAGCAUCGUCUGAUUUAUCCUUUACCAUGAACCGUCAACAGUUCGAUAUCAGUGGGGGAAAUAUCCAGGCUCAAGGAAAGAUUGAAAACUCGUAAGGGCACAUUGACACUGAUAUGGCUUCGAAAACCCAUUCUGACAUAGUACUCUCCUAGCAACUUCUAUCAGUAUGUCGGAGGUACGCCUGGAUGUCAAGUGUUCCACUCGGUGGUUCUCAGCCUAACAUGAAAGCUUGCAAGACCAAGACAGACAAAGCAGAGAUCGUUGCCUCGACUACUUCGCAGUGACUGAUCCGCGCGAUGUCAAGAUGGCCAUCCACCAGACGAGAGGAGCCGCCCUCAAAGAAUCCUACGAGUGGAUCCUCUGCCAUUCCCAAUAUCUGUGUUGGCGCGAUAGAAACAGCAGCCAGGUCCUUUGGGUCAAGGGCGAUCCAGGUAAAGGCAAGACGAUGCUACUCUGUGGCAUCAUCGAUGAGCUCCGUUCGACCACAAAACUAGCAGAUUCCCAAGCCAAUACCCUUCUUUCUUUCUUUUUCUGUCAAGCCACAGUCCCGAAGCUCAGUAACGCUCAUGCUGUCCUGCGCGGGUUGAUCUAUAUGCUCAUAGACACGCAACCGUCUUUUCUCCCCCAUGUAAGAAGAAGAUUUAAGAACACAGGGGAGCCGCGAUUCGGGGAUGCGGAAGCGUGGACUGCAUUGUGCAAUAUGUUCUUCGAUAUCUUGCGUGAUUCCAGCCCGGAUAAGAUCUACAUCGUAGUUGAUGCUCUCGACGAAUGCGUGCAGGGCCAAGACAAGCUCUUACAGUUUAUUCUCCAAGGGACGAAUGAAUUCCCACACGUCAAAUGGAUUAUUUCCAGCCGGAAUCAUGUUGAGCAGCGUACAAGGCUCGACGGCUCGCAGUCAAUACUGAGCCUGGAACUGCAGAAGAACGCAGAUCUCGUAUCUAUGGCGAUCAGUGCUUACAUUUCCGAUAGGAUAUCGAAGCUUGAAUCCCUACAAAACGAUGAUAACCUGCAGGAGUAUGUUCGACAGGCCCUCCAGGAGAAAGCCGAGGGAACUUUUCUCUGGGUGGCUCUCGUCGUCCAGGAACUCGAACGAGUCGACAGCUGGGAUGUGGAGCAGGUGGUCCAUGAUGUGCCAACAGGGCUAGAUGGCCUAUAUGCGCGAAUGAUCGACCAUAUCAAGAAGCUCGCCGCGCAAAGCAGAGAGUACUGUCAGCUGGUCCUAUCAGCGACCGCACUGGCCUAUCGGCCUCUGCAGCUACUGGAGCUGGGGGUGGUAUCUGGACUCCCAAACAAGAUCGCCGGAAAUGUCAAGGAUACAGAGAAAAUUGUCAAGAGAAGUGGCUCCUUCCUCACGGUUCGUGACAAGACGGUUUAUUUUGUGCAUCAGUCUGCCAAGGACUAUCUGAUUGAAAAGGGUGGUCAGAACAUAUUCUCGUCUGGUCCUACAGCUGCUCACCGCCGAAUGUUUAUGCAGUCACUGCAAGCCCUUUCAAGCAAUUUAAGACGCAACAUUUACGAGCUAAAUCUCGAAAAACCCGACAUAUCGGUCUUUGAGAUAGCAAACUGCAGACCAGAUCCUGAUCCACUCUUCGCCCUCCAAUAUAGUUGCACGCAUUGGCUGGACCAUUACCUCGCAGCCAAUUCUGAAUCCUCCGAUAGAAUUGAGUCACCCGAAAAUCAAGACAUAUCUCAGUUUUUCCGAGAGCAUCUCCUUCACUGGUUAGAAAGCCUUGGGCUUAUUGGUGAGGUCCGACAUGGCAUCUUAUCUCUCAAAAGAUUUGCCCGCCGACACCAGGAUAUGCUUGUUGAUAAACCAAGACCGAAACCAGAAGCCAAAAGAACGGGAAGGUUUUUGGAGAUAUUCGGCGGUCGGAGAAAACAGAAAGCGCUGGCCCCCACCAGGCGAACUUACCAUCAGCAUCAGGCUAUCUCAAAGGAAGCCGAGAGAUUUGCUACCAGCAAUGGAUUUAUUAUACAAGAAGCACCUUUGCAAACUUACGGGGCUGCGCUUGCUUUUUGCCCUGGAAAUUGUGAGAGCAAGAAGCUGUACUGGGGUGAGCGGUUAAAAUUUCUCAGGGACGUAUCUAUGAUGCGAGAGUCAUGGGAACCAUGUAUACAAGUCCUAGACGGCCAUACGGGCUCGGUCAAUGCAGUGGCCUUCUCGCCUGACGGCCAGACGGUGGCAUCGGCCUCAGACGAUCAGACGGUGCGACUAUGGGAUACGGCCACGGGCGUGGAACGCCAUAGCCUGCAAGGCCAUAUAGACUGGGUCAGGGCAGUGGCCUUCUCGCCCGACGGCCAGACGGUGGCAUCGGCCUCAGACGAUCGGACGGUGCGACUAUGGGAUACGGCCACGGGCGUAGAACGCCACAGCCUGCGAGGCCAUACAAGCUGGGUCAGCGCAGUGGCCUUCUCACCCGACGGCCAGACGGUGGCAUCGGCCUCAGAGGAUCAGACGGUGCGACUAUGGGAUACGGCCACACUGGUAGAACGCCACAGCCUGCAAGGCCAUACAGGUCAUAUCAGCGCAGUGGCCUUCUCGCCCGACGGCCAGACGGUGGCAUCGGCCUCAGACGAUGAGACGGUGCUACUAUGGGAUACGGCCACGGGGGUGGAACGCCACAGCCUGCAAGGCCAUAUAGACUGGGUCAGGGCAGUGGCCUUCUCGCCCGACGGCCAGACGGUGGCAUCGGCCUCAGACGAUCGGACGGUGCGACUAUGGGAUACGGCCACGGGCGUAGAACGCCACAGCCUGCGAGGCCAUACAAGCUGGGUCAGCGCAGUGGCCUUCUCACCCGACGGCCAGACGGUGGCAUCGGCCUCAUACGAUCAGACGGUGCGACUAUGGGAUACGGCCACAGGGGUAGAACGCCACAGCCUGCGAGGCCAUACAGAUCAGAUCAGCGCAGUGGCCUUCUCACCCGACGGCCAGACGGUGGCAUCGGCCUCAUACGAUGAGACGGUGCGACUAUGGGAUACGGCCACAGGGGUAGACCGCCACAGCCUGCAAGGCCAUACAGAUCAUAUCAGCGCAGUCGCCUUCUCGCCCGACGGCCAGACGGUGGCAUCGGCCUCAUACGAUGAGACGGUGCGACUAUGGGAUACGGCCACAGGGGUAGACCGCCACAGCCUGCAAGGCCAUACAGAUCAGAUCAGCGCAGUGACCUUCUCACCCGACGGCCAGACGGUGGCAUCGGCCUCAGAGGAUCAGACGGUGCGACUAUGGGAUACGGCCACGGGGGUGGACCGCCACAGCCUCCAAGGCCAUACAGAUCAUAUCACCGCAGUAGCCUUCUCGCCCGACGGCCAGACGGUGGCAUCGGCCUCAGCCGAUCAGACGGUGCGACUGUGGGAUACGGCCACGGGGGUGGAACGCCACAGCCUGCGAGGCCAUACAAGCUCGGUCAACGCAGUCACCUUCUCACCUGACGGCCAGACGGUGGCAUCGGCCUCAUUCGAUGAGCCGGUGCGACUAUGGGAUACGGCCACGGGGGUAAAACGCCACAGCCUGCAAGGCCAUAUAGACUGGGUCAGGGCAGUGGCCUUCUCGCCCGACGGCCAGACGGUGGCAUCGGCCUCAGACGAUCGGACGGUGCGACUGUGGGAUACAGCUACAGGCGUGGAACGCCACAGCCUGCAAGGCCAUACAGGCCGGGUCAACGCAGUUGCCUUCUCGCCCGACGGCCAGACGGUGGCAUCGGCCUCAUGGGAUCAGACGGUGCGACUAUGGGAUACGGCCACGGGCGUAGAACGCCACAGCCUGCGAGGCCAUACAAGCUGGGUCAGCGCAGUGGCCUUCUCGCCCGACGGCCAGACGGUGGCAUCGGCCUCAUGGGAUCAGACGGUGCGACUGUGGCAUACGGCCAGGGGCGUGGAACAAGAAAUAUAUGAGGUUGGUUCAGCAGUUGAAACUUUAGGAUUCUCAGCUGAUGGUUGUCAUCUCAUGACUGAUCGUGGUUCACUCUCUAUGAAAGAUCAACCAUCAAGUUCCUCUGUUGAGCACUCAGGCGCCAAAAUCUUUAUAGAUGAGAAAUGGAUAACCCGGAGCGGGCAACGUUUGAUCUGGUUGCCGCCUGACUUUCGACCGAGCUCCGUGGCGAUUAGUGACAACUGUUUGGUUCUUGGACAUAAAUCUGGCCUCUUGACAUUUCUCUGGUUAAUAUAGUGCGUUUUGCGUGAUAAUGUACUUCCAGGUUCGCCUCAUCUUAGCGUAUUCUCAUCCCAUUAUAUUCUAAUCUCUUUGUAAAAAGAGGGCAUGGGGUGCCACUUCAAUUUAUACUUCGUUGUUUUGCCACAUAACACUUCUAGCAGAUUUGAAUGUUGUGAAUCGUCCAGUACGUAACAAGUCAGCAGGUACUGGCAUCCAUCCACUCCGCAUUUUAAAUGAAUUUGCCCUCAUGACCAAAAGGGCCGCUCCUGCCUUGUCUUUCUCUUUAUAGUAUAUUUAAAAUGAAACGCUCGCUCCACUGCUAUCAUUGAAUAUUUCGCAUCGAGUUAUUUCCCUCCCAUAUUCUUGACCUCACAAACUGCUUAACACGAAUGUUCCAGCAGUCCAUACGCAGUUGGAGGGGAAGUAUUGAUAUGAUUUGGUUGUGGAUUCCAGGCGAUUCUCAUAGAUUACUAUAAUGGAGAAGAUUUCUUACUCGUCCAUAACAUAUGAUGUAUCGUAUACUGUAGUACCGUUUCACGUCUCAUCCAUAGUCAAGCCAGCAUGCCUAAAAUGCCCUUGGGCGCUUUGCUCUCGCAUCCCGACAGUAUCAACAUACCACUCCAGGAAUUAGUUAAAGCCUUGGCUGCUGUCUUCAUAGAGUUGCCAGUUUCGCUUAAUGAAACCUUUGAGUUCGGCAAAAAAUUCUUCAAUUGGAUUCAAGUCAGGCGAGUAUAGUGGUAAAUACACCAAUUUGACUUCUGCAUUCAAGCACAGAUUUUCAAUCCGAUCG